UGCAAAGGUAACCAAGCCAGCCAGCGACAAAUGCGAGCUUACCUUCUAGAGCUACCCUUUCGUCGUCACCCAUCAAACGAUCAACUGAUCUGCCCUUGAAGCAUAUCGCCAUCAUCAUGGCUCCUUCAAAGCAGACCAUGUUCCGCUCUGCGGAUAUGAGCAUGGUUCAGUUGUAUAUAUCUAACGAAAUCGGUCGAGAAUGUGUUAACGCGUUGGGAGAACUUGGACUGGUCCAAUUUCGCGAUCUCAACAGCGAAGUCACUGCAUUUCAGCGAACCUUCACUCAAGAGAUUCGAAGACUCGACAAUGUCGAGCGUCAACUCCGCUACUUCCAUGGUCAGAUGGAAAAGGCAAAUAUCCCUCUCCGAACACUAGAUCUCGAAGUUGAAACCCUCGCUCCUCCCACUACUACCGAGAUUGACGAACUCUCCGAGCGAACACAAAGCCUCGAACAACGCAUCUUCCAACUUAAUGACAGUUACGAGACAUUGAAGAAGAGAGAGGUGGAGCUUACCGAAUGGCGACACGUCUUGCGCGAGGCGGGUGGCUUCUUCGAUCGCGCACACGGCAACGUUGACGAGAUUCGAGCUUCGACUGAGGACGACGACGCUCCUUUACUCCAAGACGUAGAGCAACACAACCAGGGUGGUGACGCUGAGCGUUCCUUCUCUGGUAUGAACAUUGGCUUCGUUGCUGGUGUCAUCAACCGAGACCGUGUCGCUGCUUUCGAGCGCAUUCUUUGGAGAACCCUUCGCGGUAACCUCUACAUGAACCAAUCCGAAAUCUCCGAACCUCUGAUCGACCCGACCAACAACGAGUCCAUCAACAAGAAUGUCUUUGUCAUCUUUGCCCACGGAAAGGAGAUCCUAGCCAAGAUUCGAAAGAUCUCGGAAUCGAUGGGAGCUGACAUUUACAGUGUAGACGAGAACACAGAUCUUCGUCGAGACCAGCUACACGAGGUUAACGCCCGCCUCAACGAUGUUCAGAACGUCCUACACAACACUCAGCAGACUCUCGAAGUCGAGCUUACCCAGAUCGGCCAGUCCCUUGCUGCUUGGAUGAUUCUCAUCACGAAGGAAAAGGCUGCCUACCAAACACUUAAUCUCUUUUCGUUCGACCGGCAAAGACGAACUCUCAUCGCCGAAGGAUGGUGUCCUACAAACGAUUUGCCUCUUAUUCGCUCUACACUUCAGGAUGUGACGAACCGAGCAGGUCUUUCCGUUCCGUCCAUUAUCAAUGAAAUUAGAACAAACAAGACCCCUCCGACCUACCUGAAGACCAACAAAUUCACAGAGGCCUUCCAGACUAUCAUCAAUGCCUACGGUACGGCGACCUACCAAGAAGUCAACCCUGCUCUACCUGCUAUCGUUACAUUCCCUUUCCUGUUCGCUGUCAUGUUCGGAGAUUUCGGUCACGCUUCCAUCAUGUUUGCUGCCUCCGUAGCCAUGAUCUACUGGGAAAAACCUCUCAAGAAGGUCACCUUCGAACUCUUCGCUAUGAUUUACUAUGGUCGAUACAUUGCCUUAGUCAUGGCUGUCUUCUCUUUGUUUACCGGUCUUAUCUACAACGAUGUCUUCUCGAAGACCUUCACCUUUUUCGACAGUGCCUGGGAGUGGGAGGUUCCGGAAGGAUGGCAAGAAGGCCAACCUCUUAUUGCUAAGCUGAAGGGCGAUUACCGAUAUCCGUUUGGUCUCGAUUGGUUUUGGCACGGCACCGAUAACGAUUUGCUAUUCAGCAACAGUUACAAGAUGAAGAUGUCUAUCAUUCUCGGAUGGGCACACAUGACAUACUCUCUUUGCCUGUCCUACUUCAACGCCAGACACUUCAAGAGGCCAAUCGAUAUCUGGGGUAACUUCGUUCCAGGAAUGAUCUUCUUCCAAUCCAUCUUCGGUUACCUCGUCAUAUGUAUUAUCUACAAGUGGUCUGUGGAUUGGUUUGCGAUUGGAGAGCAACCUCCUGGUCUUUUAAACAUGUUGAUUUACAUGUUCUUGCAGCCCGGCACGUUGGAUAUACAACUUUACCCAGGCCAAAGCGGAGUACAAGUCACAUUACUACUACUGGCUUUCGUUCAGGUCCCUGUUCUAUUAUUCUUGAAGCCGUUCUAUUUGCGAUGGGAGCACAACCGAGCUCGCGCCCAAGGCUAUCGGGGUAUAGGCGAACACUCGAGAGUCUCUGCGCUUGAUGAAGAUGAGGAACCUCUUCAACCGAACGGACGUCCUAGUGUGGAUACUGAAGAUGGCGAGGGUGUCGCUAUGAUCGCACACGGUGAUGAUGAGGAACAUGAAGAGUUCGAAUUCAGUGAGAUCAUGAUCCACCAGGUCAUUCAUACAAUUGAAUUCUGCUUGAACUGUGUCUCCCACACUGCCUCCUAUCUUCGUCUCUGGGCCUUGUCUCUUGCUCACCAGCAGCUAUCUGUUGUGCUUUGGGACAUGACCCUCGGACCAUCUCUCGCCAAGCCUGGUGUCGUUGGCGUGAUUAUGGUCGUUGUUACUUUCUAUUUAUGGUUUUUCCUUUCGUGUGCUAUUCUCAUUUGUAUGGAAGGCUGCAGCGCUAUGUUGCACUCCCUCCGUCUACAAUGGGUCGAAGCACAAUCCAAAUACGCCGAGUUUGCGGGUCACAUGUUCGCACCGUUUUCUUUUAUCACUUUACUAGAGGAGGAUGACGGCUUAGCCGAGUUUAGGGGUUAAUUAGCAUACUAGCAUGGAAGGGUGCGGUUUGUGAGAGUAGAGAGAGUAAGUGUACCAAUAAAAACUUGUAUUAUGCAUAGCAGUAGCUGUAGAUCUAUAUGUCAAAUGAUACUACUGUAGCUUUCA